AUCCAUGUCGCCGUAGUCCAAGUCGCCGUCAGCACCGCUCGUCAACUCCAUUGUGAUCCCGAUUCAUGAUCAUGUGAUGUACGUAAGACCAUGUGACGUUCACGUUACGUAAAGUUCUCAACACGUGCUCAUUGGUCAAGCUAAACCAAGGUUAGGGUUGUAUACCUAUAUACUUGAUUCUUACGUCAAGUUUCUAUAAAUUUAUACACCAUAAUCUAAUCAUAAUCACCUUUUUCCUUUGUGUAAUAAUGUUUUAUGUUCCAAUUGGUCCGGAGGUGCCACUUUCUCAAGCCAAGACGAAAGGCAUUAUUAUACUAAGACGUUUCCUUGUUUCACAAGUCAACCUGUUUUGCUUCUUGGUUGAUUUCUUUAUCUCCAAUCUUGACUAAGCCGACCAUGGGUGUAUCGGCUGGAGACAGUACAUUGGGUGUGGUGGAUGCUGCGGCACAGCGUAGUCGACCUGUUGUGCCAAGGCUUGGAGGUCGAUAAAUCGUCUACGGGCGUGUGUUACCGAGCACAUAUUCGCUGGUGUUUUUGGCCUGUUAGUGGGCAGCGAGUGUGCACCUCGCUAGGACCAUUGUUUGAUCUCUGGAUAUUUUAGGUGAGACUGACGAGUUUAUGAUAUUUGGACGGAUUGGUGCUACUGAGCUUUUUAUUCGGAUUUUUAUUUGGGCUUUGGGUGAGUGUAAUUGGAUAUAUGGGCUUUUAUUAUACGAGAUAUUGUUGGUGGCCUGCUGUUCUCCGGAUCGGAGGUGAAGAUUGUCACAAUUAUAUGCUAUUGAUCCACUUGUAGUUAAAUAACUGGUUACCGUCGUUUAUCAUUGAAAUAUAAGUGAUCAGAUGAUCAUGUCUGAGUCUAACUCCGUACACUCAACGGCAAAUUAUUAUAUAUAUAAAAAAGAAGUACCGUAGCAGUCAAGUAACAUACAUCAUUUCAGGGCUCUGUUUCAUUUUAGGACGCUGUUUCUAGUUGAAAUUGUGAAUAAAACUUUUUGUAUCAGUUGAAACAUUCAAAGUAUUGUACUUUAUUUCAUUACAUGACACUUGUCUUUUUAUGCACCACCAAGAAUUAAAAAAUUUGAAAAAAAAAUAAAGUCAACCUAAUUUGGUAUAGCAGCCAAACGCGUAUGGCUGCUUUGGUCAAUUUAGGAUGGUUGAAUCAAUGCAAGUAGUUUGAAAAUCAAACCAUCUAUUAGGUUUCAUUCAUAUUCAUAUCUGAAGGAAGAUCUCUUGCAAACACAUAGACAAGAAAGAUGAGUACUCUCUUUUGAUCAAAAAAAGAAAGAAAGAUGAGUACUCUUUACUUUCCUUACUUGCUUUUGUUAACUAUGUUCUCAACUUAUAGCUUUGCAAAUAUAACCACAUCUAAUCCUUUGUCGAUAAGACAAACUCUUAGCUCUCCUGAUGGAUCCUUUGAGCUAGGAUUCUUCAGUCCAAACAACAGCUCUCAAAACCAUCAAUACCUUGGAAUCUGGUUCAAGAGAAUCACUCCUCGAGUCUACUUUUGGGUAGCCAACAGAGAAACCCCAGUAACGAGCCUCACUGCUAAUCUCACAAUCAGCAGUAACGGAACUCUCAUCUUGCUCGAUGAGAAACAAGAACUUCUCUGGUCAUCUGGAGAAGAAACUCUCCUCACAUCAAACCAAUGCCAUGCUGAGCUUUUAAACUCUGGAAACCUUGUGGUCGUAGACAACGUUACAGGAACAUAUCUAUGGCAAAGCUUUGACCAUCUUACAGACACCAUGCUUCCUCUCUCUUCUCUCAUGUAUGAUCUCCCUAACAACACGAGACGCGUGUUGACUUCUUGGACAAGCAACACAGACCCCUCUCCCGGCGAGUUUCUAGCCGAGCUUACUCCUGAGGUUCCACCGCAAGGACUUGUGUGGAAAGGCUCGUCGCCUUACUGGAGAAGCGGGCCUUGGGCGGAGACUAGGUUCUCAGGGAUACCAGAGAUGGAUGGAACUUAUGUGAAUCCAUUGACAAUGGUCCAAGACGUGGUCAACCGGACAGGAGUUUUGACUUUCUGUGCGUUGAGAAACUUUGAUGUGUCGUACAUAAAGCUAACACCAGAUGGGUCGCUGGAUAUUCACCGGAGCAACGGUGGAACCAAUGGGUGGAUCAAGCAUUUUGAAGGUCCUAGAAGCUCAUGUGAUCUGUACGGUGCAUGUGGGCCUAAUGGUUUGUGUAUGAGGUCCAUUAGUAGUACUACUCCAACAUGUGCAUGCUUGAAAGGGUUUGUGCCAAAGUCAGAUGAUGAGUGGAACAGUGGGAACUGGACUCGUGGGUGUGUGAGGAGAACGGAGUUAUCAUCAUGUCAGGGAAAAGAUACAUCAGAUGGGUUUUACCGUGUUGCUAAUAUGAAGCCUCCGGAUUCUUAUGAGUUGGUAAGCUUUGGUGAUGCUGAAGAGUGCCGUCAAGGAUGUUUGAGGAACUGUUCUUGCUUGGCCUUUGCUUAUAUUAAGGGAAUUGGAUGCUUAGUGUGGAACAAGGAGCUAUUGGAUAUGGUUCAGUUUGCUGAAGAAGGAGAGUUUCUUUUCAUCCGUCUUGCACGUUCUGAGUUAGCUGGAAGCAAGAGAAUCAAGAUACUCGUUGUUAUUGCUAUCAGCAUAUGCAUGUUUAUAAUCUUGGGGCUUGCAGCUUUUUGGUGUUGGAGAUACAGACUGAAACAAAAUGGUGAAGCGCGUGUAGCCAUGGAGACUUCAGAAGAUUCUUGGAAGAGUAGUUUGAAGUUAGAAAAUGUCUCAGGUUUAAAUUUCUUUGAGAUGCAUACCAUACAAACUGCAACUGAUAAUUUCAGCAUCUCAAAUAAACUUGGUCAAGGUGGAUUUGGAACAGUUUAUAAGGGGAAGCUACAAGAUGGGAAAGAAAUAGCUAUAAAACGUCUCUCUAGCAACUCUGGAGAAGGCACAGAGGAGUUCAUGAACGAAUUAAAACUCAUCUCAAAAUUACAGCACAGAAACUUGGUUAGGCUUUUAGGAUAUUGCAUUGAAGGAGAAGAGAAGCUAUUGGUUUAUGAGUUCAUGGUGAACAAAAGCCUUGAUACUUUUCUUUUUGAUUUGAAGAAGAAGCUGGAGAUUGAUUGGACUAAGCGGUUCAAUAUCAUUCAAGGUAUUGCUCGUGGACUUGUUUAUCUCCACCGUGACUCAUUCCUCAGAGUUGUACACCGUGAUCUUAAGGCCAGCAACAUUCUCUUGGACGAGAAGAUGAAUCCAAAGAUAUCAGAUUUUGGAUUGGCAAGGAUGUUUCAAGGAACUCAGAAUCAAGACAGCACUGGCAGAGUGUUUGGAACUUUGGGAUACAUGUCUCCUGAGUAUGCAUGGACAGGGACAUUCUCUGAGAAGUCUGACAUUUACAGCUUUGGAGUUUUGAUGCUGGAGAUUAUCACUGGAAAAGAGAUAUCAAGCUUUAGUUAUGGAAAAGAAGGCAAGAACCUUCUUGCACACGCAUGGGAAUCUUGGAGCGAAACUGGAGGAGCAGGUCUACUGGAUCAAGACAUUGCUGAUUCUGACUCAGAUUCAGUUGAAGCAGUGAUGAGAUGUGUUCAGAUAAGUUUGCUAUGUGUUCAGCAUCAAGCAAUGGACAGACCAAACAUCAAACAAGUUGUGACAAUGCUGACGUCUACAAUGGAUCUUCCAAAGCCUAAACAACCAAUGUUUGUUUUGGAUACGAGUGACGAGGAUUCUCUGUCUCUCAAGUCUAAUGAUGCCAAGGAUUUGUUCUCUGAUGAUGAAAAUAAACCGGUUCAGGAGUAACCGGAAUCCCCUAAUUAAGUAUUGAACCGAUUCUUGUAUAUAUGGUUCAGUGUGGAUCCAGAAUGUAAUUGAAAUUGUUUUUUUCACAAGGGAAAUAACAUCAUACUAUAUUUAAAGUACCA